GAAUGGCGGAGCAGCUGGCUCAAUGGUUUCUGUACAGUACCGACGGGUCCUAAAACCCUGCUGCGUGUCUGUGGAUGCUCCUGCACACUGAGGGGUGGGGGGGAAAGGUGCACAAUUCAGCCUGACUGUUUGGUGGAAGGAAUCCUGCCACAACACACCACUGGGGUCUCCACCUGUGGCUCAGUGUGAUGAAGCCUUAAGAAACAGCUCCUCUCUGUCCCUCCUUGGCCUGGCGCCUCUACCUGGCAGCACUGACUUGGCUGCGAAGCGCAUGGUGGUCACUACAGCCACCACGGAGGUGCACUAACACCCUCAUCCCUCACCGCUUACUUCUGUCAAAUCUGCCUGGCGACAACAACCAUAACAAUGAGCUCUCACAGUCGAUCAGGUGGUUUGACCAACAACGAGCAGCCUUUGGAACUUCUUAAACCAGCCACACGCAACCAUUUUGUUCAGAAUCUCGUGGGGAAGAGAGGAAAAGUAGUAUCUAUGUGGACGUGAGCUCGGCAGCACUGCCCAUGCAGGUGCCCCCCACCGCCACAGCCAUUCUUCCCAUGGACCUGCGUGUAGUAGACCAUCCCCACCACCACCACCACCACCAGCAGCCCUCCUUCGGCCUGGUUCCUCAACCCCAUCCCACGCCGCCCACCUCCACAGCUUGUCCCGCAUCCUCAGAGCCAGGCCGUGGUCCAGUCAUUAACCACCAGGAGCAGCAGCUGCAGCAGGAGCUGGUAGCUCUCAAACACAAGCAGCAACUCCAGAGACAGCUACUGAUUGCUGAGUUCCAGAGGCAGCAUGAACAGCUGUCGCGACAACAUGAAGUCCAGCUGCAGGAGCAUAUCAAGCAUCAACAGGAUUUACUGGCGCUCAAGCACCAACAGGAGCUGCUGGAGCACCAGAGGAAGAUGGAGCAGCAGCGUCACGAGCAGGAGCUGGAGAAACAGCAACGUGAAUACAAACUCCAACAGCUUAAAAACAAGGACAGGGGACAGGAGAGUGCAGUCGCUAGUACAGAGGUUAAGAUGCGACUUCAGGAGUUUGUCCUGAACAAGAAGAAAGCCCUGGCUCAGCGAAACCUAAACCACUGUCUGCCCAGCGACCCACGCUUUUGGUAUGGAAAAACACAGCACAGCUCUUUGGACCAGAGCUCUCCUCCUCAAACAGCAUUGUCAGCGUACAACCACCCAAUGCUGGGCACAUAUGACUCAAAAGAUGACUUCCCUCUCCGCAAAACAGCCUCUGAGCCCAAUCUGAAGCUUCGUUCCCGACUAAAGCAGAAAGUGACAGAGCGUCGCAGCAGCCCUCUGCUCCGAAGGAAAGAUGGUCCCAUCACUACUGCCAAGAAGCGUUCCUUAGACGUGGCUGAGUCUGCAUGCAACAGUGCACCAGGCUCAGGUCCCAGCUCCCCCAACAACAGCUCCAGUAACAUCCCCAGUGAGAAUGGGGUCACCAUCUCCAGCAGUCCAGGAGAGGCCUCUUUGCUUCAGAGGUUGGCUGCAAGAGAAGGUUCAGUUAGCCAACUCUCUCUCUACACCUCUCCUUCUCUGCCCAACAUCACCCUGGGACUACCAGCCACAGGUCCUGCUAGCACCGUGGUAUCAGGACACCAAGAUGGUGAGAGUCGUCUGGCAUUGCCUGCGUUACAGCAGGGCAUUCCUCUGACCCCUCCAUUCCUGCCCACUGCCCACCUGCCCUCCUACUUGGCAUCUUCAGCUCUGGACAGGGAGGGGGCUGGAGGGGGUACGGCUGGUCACAACCCCCUUCUCCAACACAUGGUACUGCUGGAACAGGGCCACAGUCCAAUUGUUGGUCUGGGUGGCCUCCCACUGCCGUCACCUGCUGUCUCCAAACUUGCACGGGGCCACCGUCCCCUGGGAAGAACCCAGUCAGCACCUUUGCCCCAGCAGCAAUGUGGCCAGGCCCAGGCUCUGCAGCAGCUAGUGGUCCAACAGCAGCACCAGCAGUUCCUGGAGAAACACAAACAACAGUUCCAGCAGCAACAGCAGCAGCACAUCAUCAACAAGAUCAUGUCCAAGCCCAGUGAUCAGGUCUCGGCUGUAAGCUCCAGCGCCUCAGGGCCGGCGAGACAGCACCAGAGUCACCCAGAGGAAACGGAAGAGGAACUUAGGGAGCACCAGGAGCUCUCCACCUCAUCCUCAUCCUCAUCCUCUACAUCUAUACAGGAGACAGGGCCUCUGCGAGGGCUGGUCAUCAAGCAGGAGCCCCCAGACCCUCAAGAGCAGGAUGAGAGGGAGCAGAGGGACAGACAGGCCGAGAAGGACUUCCUGUUCCGACAGCAGCAGGCUCUGCUGUUAGAGCAGCAGCGAAUCCACCAGUUGAGAAACUACCAAGCCUCCAUGGAAGCCGCCGGGUUAUCAGUCAGCUUUGCCGGACACCGCCCCCUCUCCAGGGCUCAGUCUUCUCCAGCGUCCGCCUCCUUCCCCAUGGUAGUACAGGAGCCACCUGCCAAGCCUCGAUUUACUACAGGUCUGGUUUAUGACUCUUUGAUGCAGAAGCACCAGUGUAUGUGUGGGAACACCACCAGUCAUCCAGAGCACGCUGGCCGCAUCCAGAGUAUCUGGUCCCGACUGCAGGAAACAGGCCUCAGGGCGCACUGCGAGUGUAUCCGUGGUAGGAAGGCCUCACUCGAGGAGUUGCAGACAGUCCACUCUGAAGCCCACGUCCUGCUGUACGGGACCAACCCACUUCGGCAGAAACUAGAUUGUUCAGUGAGUCCCAUGUUUGUGAGGUUACCAUGUGGAGGCAUAGGGGUGGACAGUGACACUAUUUGGAAUGAGGUCCACUCGUCCAGCGCUGCUCGUCUGGCCGUCGGUUCGGUGGUGGAGCUCGUCUUCAAAGUUGCAUCGGCGGAACUGAAGAAUGGCUUUGCUGUAGUUCGACCACCUGGACACCACGCUGAGGAGAGCACGCCUAUGGGCUUCUGUUAUUUCAACUCAGUUGCAAUAGCAGCCAAGCUUCUGCAACAGAGGCUCAAUGUCAGUAAAAUCCUCAUUGUGGACUGGGAUGUUCACCAUGGUAAUGGCACCCAGCAGGCCUUCUACACAGACCCCAGUGUUCUCUACCUGUCACUGCAUCGCUAUGAUGAUGGGAACUUCUUCCCUGGCAGUGGAGCACCUGAUGAGGUGGGCAGCGGACCAGGUGUAGGCUUCAAUGUGAACAUGGCCUUCACUGGAGGACUGGAACCUCCUAUGGGUGAUGCAGAGUACCUGGCUGCAUUUAGGACGGUGGUUAUGCCUAUUGCAAAUGAGUUUGCCCCAGACGUGGUUCUCGUAUCUUCAGGCUUUGAUGCGGUAGACGGACAUGCCUCUCCCCUGGGAGGAUACAAACUGACAGCCAAAUGCUUUGGCUACCUGACCAGGCAGCUGAUGGGUCUGGCAGGCGGUAGGUUGGUGCUUGCCCUGGAGGGGGGUCAUGACCUCACAGCCAUAUGUGAUGCCUCCGAAGCCUGCGUCUCUGCUCUGCUUGGCAAUGAGUUGGACCCCAUUCCUGACGAGGUGCUACAGCAAAGACCGAAUGCCAAUGCUGUUCACUCUAUGGAAAAAGUUCUUGAAGCUCACAGUAAAUACUGGCGCUCACUGCAACGCUCUGCCUCCACGCUCGGUUGCUCGUUGAGUGAAGCUCUUCAACGCGAUGCAGAAGAAGCUGAGACUGUCUCCGCUAUGGCUUCGUUGUCUGUCGCCAACAAGCACAUUGGAAAGAGGGCUGAAGAGGAACCAAUGGAAGAGGAAGCUCCUAUGUAAAGAAACAUCCUGAGCCUUUGACCACUGAGACCAGUCAUUUUUAACAGUGUCCUUAUCCAGUCCGUGUCAAUUUAAAUGCCGCUCUCGUGUCUCACCCAUGCCAUAUCAACAUGGCAUGUUAUUGUGGGAGAGAACAAGCAGAGCUGACAAAAGUGGUGCUCAAAGGAACACUGAAGAGGCGGGAUGUAUUCACUGAUCAGCAGUGCACAGACUGAUCAGUAUAAAUGUGUCGCAUUGUCUCUUCAAGACCUUGGAUAUAAGAGGAUUGUCUCAACCAUCCCACGGUGACAACCUCGACUGACAGUGCUUUUAAAACAAGAGACGAGAUGUACUUUUUGAAUGCCAGUCGGAACCAUACACAGACGUUCUUCUUUUCUUAUUAUUCUGUUCUUUCUGUGCUUUAUCUUUAUCUUCUCACUUUCUGAUGUGAUUGUAACUCUGCACUAUGGAUGAAUCAUUCCUGCUAUUUUGAGGUAUCCGGAACAAAGUGGUUGAAUUUCCUGCAGCUUUCCAACGUGGUUGAAGAUUACAGAUGAGAGAGGUCAGCAUGUGUUCUGAUUACAGUGAAAGACUGUGCAUUCGUGCCUUUUUUUCAAACCUGGUGGAUUUUCUGUUGAACUCUACUGAAAGAGCUUUGCCUUAAAAAAAAAACAGAUUGGGGAGCGAGGCCUCUUCUCCCUAACCCCUUAAACAUUUCUAUCCUGGCAAGCCAUCCAAUGCCUGCAUGUUGUUGGCACAUAGACUGGAGGACCUUGGCAUGUUUACCUAUAAUUCUCUGCAAGCAACCUACUGUCUCUCUCUCCCUGUACCUCCAUCAUUUCUUCCCUCCGCUCAUUUUUAAUCUCAGUUUAGAAGGUAGUUCCCAGCAACAAGUUGAAGGUGGUUCAGUUUGAAAGGAAGUAAAGGUGGGAUUAGUAUUACUCAGUGUAACCGUGUAUCAGACCUGUUGCCAGAAGAAACCUCUUAGACAAGCAUCUGAAUUAUUUUAUUUUUUAAGUAUGCGUUAAUUACCUAUACGUGCUUAUCCUUUAAAUGGUUAAAGGGUUCUGACUUUGGGCAAGAGGCAUGGCUGACACAGAUGGACAACCCUUCAUAUGUAGUAACCUAGCCUGCAUGUCUUUGAACUGUGGGAGAAAGAAGAAGAGAAAAGAACCCGCAAACUCCACACAGAAAAGCCACCCACUCAUUUUAACCAUCAAAAACAAUUAAUGGAAAAUAAUUCAACUUUCUCAAAGCCCUUGAAGCAGCGUAAAUCACAUCUUGACAACACCAACUCUUCUAGUUUAGUAACAUGCACUCUACUAGAACCAUCCUCUUCAUACUGUAUGUAGUUAGACAAUAAUUAAACCAAAGCAUGAUGGACUUUAAUCUCUGUAGAGUCCAUUUUUUUUACAUUACAAUAAAGGAUAGAGAGGAAUUAAUCUCAUAUGGGCCAAUUUGUUGAACCAGCCCUCUCUUUAAGACAACUCUGUCUCCGUGGUAACAAUGACCAUACCACCUGGGAUUUUCCAGUGCCGCACAGGCUCUCACAGCUGGUUUAACAUCUUUAGCCUCUUGUUAAGCACAUCUGCUCCCCAAAUGUCAAAUGCUGUGAGGCAGGUGUGUGUACGUCUGUGCAUAGACAGCGGAGCACAAGCUGCUCUUUAUAAAUAUUCAAGUGUAUACACAUAUUUUUAUAGUUUCUUUAUUAAUUGUCCAUUUCUUGUGACUGGUGAUACAACCAGUGGGACAAGCCCAUGCAUAAUGAAUAUCCAUGCAGCUUUGUAUAGCACAUGUAGCUCUGGAUUCUGUAUCCUCUUGUACGGUCGGGUGAAUUGGGUAUAAAUAUCUUUAGUAUUGAAAAAAACAGGACUAAAGGUUAUCAGAGCCCAACCCUACUAGCCAAACUACACAACACACCAGCCUAGUUGGAGUAGAAUUUGGUUUGUUUUGGCAUGUAAAACACUUAAAUGUCUUUUCUUUUCUUUCUAUGUUCUUUUAAAAAUUGUACACGUCUGAUAAAACACACUCAGUGUGCAAAGGUUAACUUCCUGUCUGUAACCAUCCUUCCAACUUGUGUUUGGCCCCUGGGCAACUACCUUCUCUCAUCUUUGUGUCAUCUACAAGCAAAUCACAUUUAAUGUAUAUUUUUCAGUGGAGAACAGGAAAACGGAGUGCUGUGGUUUUUACUGUUGUUUACUGUACAUAGGACAUCGAUCUCCUGAGUAUUCCUGCCACAUGUUUGUCAAUGACUACUCUACUUUUGUUUCUUUUUCCUCUCAUUUGUCUUUCUUUUUUCAGUGGACUCCAGUGAUUUCUUUUUCUUUCUUUUUUUUACUUUUUUUAUAUGCUUUCCUGUUAUUUUGUUCAUGUCCCCCUCACUGUCUCUCUGUUACAUUGUAAAGCUGACAUACUUCACAACAGGUGAGGGUUCUGAUUCUGUUUUUAGUGGACAUGACAUGACUACGUUUUCUGGGUUCAGGGUUUUUGUGGGGGGAUUGGGAUGCAAAUGUUUCUACUUUGUAUAAUGAUGGACAAUUGUGUAUUUACUGUUUGUUCAUAGUAGAUUUAUAUAUAAAAAGAAAUGAGUAUAUUAUAUAUAUAUAUAUAUAUAUCUAUACAUAAUGAAAUACUAUGACCUUGUUUUUUUGAAGUUGGUAUUGAAAAACGAUACUUUCCAUGGGUCUUACUUACAGUUGACCCUUUUUAGGGUGUUUCUGAAGGCACCAUGUGUACUGUCCUUGGUUACAGUUGGUUACGUGUUCAGUAGCAUUUUACUGGUUGUAUUUUUGUCUUUCAACACUGAUGACUACUUUUUGGCUUCAUUCAUUGCAUCGGCACCAUGCCAUACAGUAGGUGUGCCACUGCCCUCUGCCCCGUUCAGCCUUGCAUAUUCAUGCACAUGUUCGUACCAUUCCACACUUUGUUUUUCACUUUGUGUGCAGAUGUUAUUGUAGAAAACACUGGCACUUGUCAAGUCUCAGUGUUUAAAAAUGUGAGACUAAAAUUCAAAAUCUGGAUUCUGAAGAAGAAAAAAAUUAUAAAAUGGGAUGGGUGGAUUUGAAUUGGAAUGUGGCCAUGCUAUUCCCUCAUUUUAAAAUCCCUCUGAACGGCCUUACAAAUGAUUUCACAGGAUCAUCACUCAUGUCCUUAUCUGACCAAAUGUCCUCCGUUUUAAUUUAAAUCAACAUUCCUUGAAAUUCAUCUAGUUUACAUGUUUAAUGCCUCAGGGUUUCAGGGUGGCCUGUUGUUUAGCAUACUGUCCUGUAUCCAAAAGAACACAGUUGUUUGAUCCCUGCUGUCCUCACAGAACACCAGAACACCAAUCCAGCAGCUUGUUGCACCAGCUGUCAUCUGAGUGUCCACUAAAUCUCACAACAUAUUCAAACUUAGCAUAGUUAUCACAUAAAUUAUUACUAAAUUGUGAUUUAUGUGUUACUAAAAUAAAAGCGAUUGCACCAUGGAGAUAACAUUACAACAUAACUCUAAGUGAUAGCUAAAUAGCUGCACAUGCCCUAGGGUAGGUGUAAAUCAUAAAAUGUCAGGAUUAUGCUCACUAAAUAUAAAAAAGCCAAUUUUCUGCCACCCAGUUACAUUUGUUUCAUUAAUUGCAGCCAUGUUGCAACACUGUUAUCCAGUAGACACCCUAUUGAUAUAUGAUAGUUCAGUAUCAAACUAGCCAGCCAGAAGAUAAUGUGCACUGUAACCAUGACAGUGGAACUCUUUGAUUGUUGAUUGGCCAAUUGCCUUAUUUCUGACUUUGCAUUCAAAUUAGUAAUGUCCAAUCCUGGUGCAAUUAAUUUUAGUCACUGAUUGACCAUCAUGUCAAGUUUAGACCCUAAUCGAGGAGAGAACUUGCACAUAGCUGGUGUCACCUCGUCUUAUAUAAAGACAUAUAUAAGAAAAUAUGAUCCCGUUGUCACAUCUGGAUUUAUCUUUUCUAAAAAUCUCAGCCAGACUUAAAGGAGUACAUUUUAUAAUUUUGACUGAAUUUAUAUGACCUCUACUCACAGAGUGAUGCUGCUUCUCUUUGUAGAUGGGCAGAGAAGUCAGUGUUAACUGUUUCAUGCUUGUGUCAUCCACCAAUUUGUCAGUUUAAAAGAACAACAAGGGCAAUGUGUGGGUUUGGAUCCAUGCUUGCAGUAAAUUGUCUGCCAUAAAGUAAGUUUUACACUGAGUACCCAAAAGAAAAAACUAUGGUAGUAGAAGCAUUGUUGUGCAUCACAUUUCUUUUGUUUUAUUUAGUAUGGUUUCAGUUCAUAGCCAUGUGUAAGAUAUGUACUUUUUCUGUACAUUCCCAUUAUAUCAGACACCAACACAAACAUCACUUUCUCGUGUAUAUUUUUUUGUAAUUUUGGCAAGGCUUGUUUCCAGAAACAUUUUCACAUGAUUGUGAUAGGUCAUGCAUAAAGAGGUAUUUGUGGUUGGAAUAUGAAAAUGCUCAGGCUACCCUGAAUGUCACCUUAACUUUGAUACACUGACAUCUCUGUGCAUGUAAACACACUUGAUGAGAUGCUUUUUGGUAACCCCUCCCAGAACAUUCCCAGAACCUUCGCACAGCAGUGCCAGUCAUGGGGUUUCUACUGCUGAAAGCUUUGGUUUCUCAAAAGGAGCCAAAACUAUCAAUGUCUGGCUACUCUGGCCAUCUGUCUUCACUGUUAGUCUUAACACAAUGUCCAGUAACAAAAAAAGCACCAAUGUUCCAUUUUCUUAUAAUUUCCAUUUAUUAGGAGGGGGCAUAUCUUUUUGUUUUAACCCUCAUAGUUCAGUCCAGCCAGGUCCGAAACUGUUUAUUUAGGUGGCCUGGUCUGACUCCACUCCAUUCCUCUUUUCUCUCUGCAUGAUCUGUAUGUCCGCAUGCACUGCCUACCUGCCUGUCUGUCUGUCCCAUAACACAUAUCAGCACAAGAGCACUGAAGGACAUUAGUACUUUCACUGUAUCCAAACUGUCUUAUCUCUUUUACUGCUUUUUUGUUUCUGCUGGGGAGGAGUUGGGGUGCUUUCCAUGUUGUGCUUUUAGCUGUAGGAUAUGGAAUCAUCAAGCAAAGGCUUCGGUUGAAUAUUUUACAAAAAAGGAGUAAAAAAAAAAAAAAAAAAA